AUGGGUGCAAUACUGAGUCGUAUCAGGCAGUUUUUAAGUGGAGAUGAGUUUGUUGGUAGCGUUAUGAAUAUUCAUGGUGUUCCAUACUCAUUUCAACGACGUUUAGGCACUGGUGGUUUCGCUACCGUUUAUGCAGGAAAAUCUCCUAAUGGCAUGCCAGUAGCUAUUAAAAUGAUUAAUUUAAAUGGUAUACCACCUGAUCGUAGUCAGGGUCUUGUUCAAAGUUAUCUCAAUGAAGUUGCUCUUCUUGAAAAAUUACGACAAGAAUCACGUCAUGUUGUUGUAAUUUAUGAUUUUGAUUUUGAUCCUACUACUGGUCUAGGUUACAUUGUUAUGGAAUUAGGUGGAGAUAAUUUAAUGAAAUUUAUUGAUCGACUUCGUGCAUCCGGUCGAACUCGUGGUCCAUCUUUAGAUGCAAGGAUGAUAAAAGGAUUUUGGCGUCAAAUGGUUAGUAUUGUUGCUACAUUACAUGGACAUUCAAUUGUUCAUAUGGAUUUAAAACCGGCUAAUUUAAUUUUAUUUGGACGAACACUUAAAAUUGCUGACUUAGGUAUAUCAAAAAGAGCUUAUGCCUUAGGUCGAGGCGGUAUGGGUACUCCAUUUUUUAGUGCACCCGAAGUAAUGCAAGAUAGGUCUGGUAAACCACGAUCUUAUGGUCCAAAAGUAGAUAUUUGGUCAUUAGGUGCUAUUCUUUAUUAUAUGGUUUAUGGCCGACCACCGACAUAUCAUCCAUUAGCAGCAAAACCUCCGAUUGGACAACGUCGUUAUCCAGAUCCUGCUCUUAAUGAUGUACUUCGUCGUACACUAGUCCUUAAUCCUCAUGGACGAUUUGAUAUAAGCCAACUUUUACAUCACCCGUUUACUCGAAUGUGA